CUUGGUGAUAAUCUACGUUAUAAGUCUUGUACAAAAGGAUAUAGAAAAACCACUCUACAAUGCUAUAGUUCCUUGCUCCUUAUAUAUAAGGGUUUAGUGGCAGUUUAGUGCGAGCUUAUGCCAUGCAACAAGGGCCAUGGUCAUGAGUUGUUGGAACCGUAUCCUAGUGGUAUCGGGUUACUGUUCGUAGCGCGUUGUUACACUGUACAGGUUAGCGCAGCUGCCACGACGAGCAGUGUAGAGGAAUCCCUAGACUUGAACAAUUCUAAUUUAGAAAACUAGAA